GCCAGCGACUGCGCCAUGGCAGGUCCUCAGCAGCAGCCGCAGCUGCAGAUGCCUGAGGCCGGCGCCCAGCCCAGCGAGCCGCUGCUGCUGCGGCAGGCGGUCGCGAUCGCGCUGGUCGCGGCCAAGCGCCGGCGCCUGCUCGCAGCGCAGCACCAGCAGCAGCAGCAGGCGCCGCCCGCCCAGGCGCUGUCAUCUCGCGCAGUAGGCCCCGGCGCCCUCGCCCAGGCGGGUGCCGAGGCCGAGCCGACAUCCCGCUGUGAUGAGCUGCAGCGGCUGCAUGCCGAGGUGGCGCGACUGCGCGGCGCCGCGGCCACCCUGUGUGCCGCCGUGGGUCUGGCGCCCGCACCCCCCGCUCCCAAGCCCUCAGCGCCGCCCCCCAGUGGGCGGCAGCAGCAGCAGCAGCAGCAGCAGCAGCAGGCGCCAGUGGUGGGAGUUGGAGGUGGUGGCGGCCGGAAGCAGCAGCACCUCGGCAAGGGGCCCGACAAGGGAGCAGAGGGAGCUGCUGCGGCGGCGGCGGCCGAGGCGGCAGCCCCCCCUGCUGUCAGUGGUGAGGCGGCGGGGGCAGGGUCAGGGGCGGGUCUGGCCGCGCUCAUGUCGCCCCUGCUGGCGGCCCUGGCGGAGGUAGGGGACGACCUGCUGGGCGGCACAGGAGCGGCAGGAGCAGACGGCGGAGGAGGGCCAGGCGGCGGAGACGGAGUUGGAGGUGGAGGCAGAGGCGCAGCUGCACUGGGGCUGGGGGCACGGGGCGGUGAUGUCGGCGGCGGUGGCGACAAGGCGCAGUCGCUGGAGCGGCUACUGGGUGCGCUGCAGAGCCUGGCGGACCUGAGGCAGGCGGCGGCGGCGCGAGCAAUGGGGUCAGGCGCGGGAGGCGGACGGCUACGGCAGUCGGGCCCUGAAAGGCGGAGGGGCCGGGACCAGCCCCCUCCUCCUACGGCGCUGGUGCUGCAAGGCCAGGGGCCACACGUCGAUGUCGCCAGCCUGCAUGCGGCGGCGGUACGGCACGGAGGCACGGCGCCCCACACCGCCGUACUCCAGCUGCUGACUAACCAGCUGGUGGGCUGCGGCGGCUGUAGCAGCACCACUACAGGGCCGCUGCUACAGCUGCAGCCACAGCCGCUGUCGCUGGCAGUAGACGUGCGUCAGGCGCACAUCCGGCGCUGUGUGCGGCUGCUGGCGGCGGUGGUGGGGGCACUGGCGGCGGCCGAGCAGCAGGCAGCACAGAUAGCGGCCGAGGCGGCGGCGGCGGCGGCGGCGGUGGCAGCUGCUGCGGAGGGUGGAGGAGGCACGGUGCGGGGUGGAGCAGCCGCCGCGGAGGCGGCGGCGCUGGCGGCUGAGGGAGCGCGCGAGCAGCUGGCGUGGGUGUGUGCGGACGUGGGCGGCGCAGUGGAACGAUUGCUGGAGGCGGCCUGCAGCGGCGGCGGCACUGUCUGCGUCGGAGCCAGCCGCGCAGGCGGCCCGGCAGCCGGCCCCGGUGUCGCUGGGGCCGCCGCCCGCCAGGCGCUGAGGGAGCUAUUGGCUGCAGCGGGUGCGGCGGCUCCGGCGGGGGGCUCAGCAGGGGCCUCGGGGGCGGCAGGUGGUCGCGGUGCUCCGGCGGGCCACUCGCAGGGCCCCGAUGGCGGCGCGCUGCUGGGCCUGCACGUGUUGGCGGCGGCGGCGGGGCGUGUGGCGCGCCUGGGGCAGGAGGCACACACGGCGCUGGAGCCAGGGGUGUGUGGGGGGCAGCAGCCCUGGGUCGAGGGGCAGCGGCCUGGGCGCGGCUGCAGGCAGGCGCGGCUGAGGCAGCUGGCGGCGGCGGCGGCGCAGCUGAACGCGUCGCAGCCGCUGUGGGAAGUCCUGGACGAGGCGUGUCGGCGCCUGCCGGGCUGGUGCGGCGACAGCGGCGGCGGCAGCACUGCACCCGACUGCCUGACAGCCGCAACCCAGGUGCGUGUAUGGCACAGUUUGGACACCGAGCGGGAGUGACGGACCUGCUACGGCGUACGGCAGAGCUUGACGCGGUCGUGUGUGUCAACGCUCUGGACCUCCCUGCAUAGGUAGCUGUUGAGGAUUAGCGGGUGUUCGGUCAGAACACUAGAGUAUGGGACAUGGGGACACGGCGGGGAGACCGUGGGAGUCCCGGGUACGUCCCUUACGAUGGGUCUAGAAGGCGAUCUAGAGCCAUAUAUAGGGCAUAGUCUUUACCAGUUUGGUGUCGUGCAUAUCGCUAUACAAGUGCCACUGUAACACUACUAGCGA